GAGACGGAAGAUGUACUAGGAACUUCAGGAAAGGAGCUGCCAGCAGCAAAAUUCACACCGGUGGACUACAUCAUCUUCAGCCUCAUGGUUGUGACAUCCAUCGGUAUCGGAGUAAUCAGCGGCAUCAGGAGCCGCAGUAGAGCUACCACACAAGAGUACCUCUUGGGAAGCAGGACAAUGUCGCCGGUACCUGUAGCAUUUUCUCUACUAGGAGGAGCCAUAUCUGCUAUUACCCUUUUAGGUAACCCAGCGGAGAUGUACUUCUUCGGCACACAACUUGUUAUGAACUUACUGGGAUUCAUCCCGGGUUGUCUCUUCAUUAGUCAAGUCAUCACACCAAUAUUCUACCAACUUAAACUCGUCUCAAUCACUGAGUAUCUUCAAGUGAGGUUUGAAUCACGAUUGCUGAGAACCCUGGGAACUUUGUGUCUGCUGUUAUUUAACUUCAUCUACAUGGGCUUGUGUUUAUAUGCUCCAACUUUGUCACUGUCUAUAGUCACUGGUCUCUCUACGUCCACAUCGAUACUCAUCCUGGGCUUCGUAUGCACAUUCUACAUUACAAUUGGAGGUGUGAAAGCUGUUAUUUACACUGAUGUGCUACAGACGCUGAUUUUGCUCAUCGGGAUGCUGCUGGUUGUGAUCAUCUGUACCACUGAUGUUGGUGGUGUUGGUAGCGUCUGGUCCAUCGCUGAAAGAGGAGGUCGCAUCAUAUUGUUUGAGUGA